AUGGUUACAGAAAACCGUGUGGCUAGCGAGAAUAAUCCGUGGGCAGCGGAAAUCAAUUUGGUUUCCACGAGGGACCCAGCUGAAUCUCCCGUUUCUUAUGAUAUUCUACAACUGAAUGUGCUGCACACAGGCCACCUCAUGUUUCCGUUGGCACUAUGUUCGGUAUAUCGCACUGAAAGCACCCUCACUACAUACGUCAUUUGUAGGAAGCUGUUCACAAAGCUGAUUCCCUUUACAUUGUGGAAGAAAAAUCGUUCAGCUGUAACACCCAUUCGGCGCCUAGCUCCCAUGCUACCCGAAGGUUGCACGAGGGCUGGGAUACUGCCAGGUUGCCUAAGCCUGGACAGGGGAAGUCAAGAGGCAGAGGUCGAGUUCGAACCACAGGUCUUCCGGUCAUUAAAUUCAUGCUCUAACCACUUGGGCCAUCUCGCCCCUACAUUAUGGAGUCCAUAUAAGAUGCUCCAACUGGAUUGUCUUCAGACCAGGACGGCUACUCUUUUGCUGAAAAUUCUUCGACAGCCCACGACCGGUUCCGCUCUUCUUGAGACUCAAGAGGUGGGCAUACUCCGCGAGUUUUCGUCAACACCAUGUUCUACUCGAACAAUAACUGCACGAACUUAG